GUGCCCAUGAUUUUGAGAAGAAGCCAGGUCCAAAGAGCGAGGUGUCAAGCAUGGCCUGCGAGAUGUACUUUACCUCUGGUACCUCGGGUCGCUCCAAAGGGGUCCUCUUGUCCCAUGAGAUUGUACAUGCGCAUGCUCUGCAUUGCAUUGCAGAGCACCGGUUCACAUCGGCUGAUGUUUGGCUUCAUGUAGCUCCUAUGUUCCACUUGGUGGAUGCCUUCGCAAUGUUUGCAAUCACGGCCGUGUGCGGGAAGCACGUGCUGCUGCCGCAUGCCUUCGACGCGGAGCGGACGCUGGAGACAAUGCAAAGCAAAGCUGGCAAAGGCAUCACCGCCACAAACAUGGCAACGUCAAUGGUCAACUUACUCCUCGCCUCCCCCGCGAGUCGAUCCUUGGAUGGCCGGUUUCCCAGCUUGCGACUGGUCUCCUGUGGAGGAGCACCUUUGAGCAAAGCCGCGUUACUCCGAGCCCAGCGCCUGUUUCUAGGUUGUUGUUGA